AUGGAAAGCAGUGCUUAUGGAGCUCCGCUGGCUGGCGGUGCGUUCGAUUUGGAGAGUUUUGUGAAAAAGCCCCAGACGAUUCUUCGAUUCUUAAGUUGGCUCUUCGCCAUCGUUGUAUUCGCCACCAUCACGGCAGAGGGCUACAUCAACUUCACUACGGGGCCGGAGCUGACGUGCAUAUUCAAUGGCAGAGACAGCGCUUGCGGCUACGGCAUGUGGGUCGGCGUGCUGGCGUUCUUGGCGUGCGUGGUUUUAGUAGUGCUCGACGCCUACUUCCCGCGGAUCAGUAACGCCAAGGAGAGGAAGUACAUCAUCAUCGGCGAUUUGGCCUUUUCAGCGACUUGGACGUUUCUGUGGUUCAUCUGCUUCUGCGUCCUGGCCAACCAGUGGUCUUGGACCACGAACCCCGCCGUGCCAGGCGACGCCGCCCGUGCCGUGGUGACGUUUUCCUUCUUCUCCGUCCUUAGCUGGGGUUUGUUGUCCUAUUUCGCUUACGAGCGGUAUCGCGAAGGCGUGAGCGACGUAGCCCAACAGUACACGGACCCCGCCGUGGACCCGCCCUACUCCACGACUGCCAGCGCCGGCCCCGGCGGCUACCAGCAGUCCCCGUUCUCCCAAAACCAGGACAAUCCCGGAGAUUACGUACCGCCAUCCUAUUGA